AUGUAUCCAACUCGCAUACUCAGGAUGCAGCCUACGAGGCCACUUUUCAGGCCAAUGCCAAAAGAGGAGCACAGUGCACACACAAUAUCUCAGCGUCUGCGAACCCUGAAGAAGAUCCCUCCGGAGCUUAUGCCACUGGGUGUUGUGCUUGGUGUUGCAAUCGGAUUUGCUGUCUACAGUCUGGGAAACAAACUGGUCACGGACAAGACGCUACGUCUUCACAAGACGAACCGAUCAGAGAGUUUUAAGUGA